GCACGACCACUCGGCCUUGACGUCCUGCCGAAGCGAAAUCGAUCGCGCAUUCUAGUUAGUUGCAAUACGCUGGGGCAAAUCGGCUCCGGCGUGAUUACUGGUCCGUUAUUCGAUUCGCUGAUAACCUAAACACCACGGUUUUGUCAUCCCGAGCCGCAGAGCAUACGACGACAGCUGAUUACCACAUCCUCAGCCUCUGAGUCGGCUAAAUAUGACCUGCGAAGUUUCUGAACAGCUAGUAUAUAAGUAACUGGCAAACAUGUCGAACAAUCUCUACAACAACCGCAUCUUGCCAGAUCAGAGCCCAAAGUCUUCUGAUCAAUUCAAAUAUCUUCUCAACCUUCUAGACCCUAAAACUCGCAACGUCUUUGAAAAUGGGUAUCGUCGCUAUCCCAGGUGGAACUGGUGGAAUUGGCCGUGCUUUGGCCGAGGCAAUCGUUGCUCGUGGCAAGCAUGAAGUAAUAAUCCUCGGUCGCAAGUCCAAUGACGACCUGGCAAAGGAGCUCGGCGCUCCCAUCAUUGUCGUCGAUUAUUCUGAUGUCGAUUCCUUGAGGAACAUCCUUGAGGAGAACAAGGUCGACACCGUCGUCUCAGCUCUCAGCAGCAUGCCUGACCAGGGAACUCCUCCAGAGGUCAGUCUGGUGCGAGCUGCCGAAGCAUCCAAGGUGACGCGACGAUUUGUCGCCAGCAACUGGGGCUUCCCACUGAGCCUGAAGCUGGCAGAGCGACUCCCCUCAACCAGCGUCAAGCUUCAAACACUCACCGAGCUUGCUAAGACUCAGCUUGAAUGGACUCAGUUCUAUGUCGGAUUUUUGACCGACUUCUUUGCGACACCUGUUCAGAAGACCUAUGUGUCUCCUAUGGUUGUCGUCGUCGACCUUGUUCAUGACACGGCCGCCAUUCCCGGCAAGGGAGAUACCCCAGUCACGUUCACCCAUACUUUCGACCUGGCCAAGUACGCUGAUCGGGUUCUUGACUUCACUGAGUGGGAUAGAGAGUACUGGAUCAUCGGCGACAAGGCGACCUGGAAUGAGGUUGUUCAGGCUGCCGAGGAGGGCAAGGGUACCAAGUUCGAGUCCACUCACGACAGUAUUGAGGAUCUAGAGAAGGGUGUUGUCACGGAGCUCCCAGCUCUGACCUUGGCGCUGCCUCACAUCCCCAUCCCCAGAGAGGCGCUGCUCGCUUUCUCUGCUGCAUUUGGUCUGAUUUUCGAGACUGGAGGCACCAACUUCGACGAUGCAGUAGCACUGAACAACAAGUUUCCCAAUAUCAAACCCCUCAAGAUCAAGGAUGCUAUAAGGGCCGCUGCGAAAGCCAUCAAGAACUAAAGCCCCACCGGUGGUUAUAUGGUAACAAGGCAAUGCGAUUUAUGUGCUACUAGUAUGGAAUUUCAGUUGCGUGGGAAUGCUUUUCAUGGCUAUAUGCGCUGCCACAAUUCUCCACUUCUCACUGGCUCUUGAAAAUAGGAAGAUUGAGGAACAGGAACAGGAAAGUCAUGGCGAUGAAUCCGUCUUGGUUCGCCCACGCGGAUUCCGCUUUCUCAUAUGAACUAUACAAUAGAGCAG